AUGAAUUGGAAGAAGCUAACACUUCCCGAUGGACAGCCGCCUGCUGCCCUUACCGUCGGGCUUAUGAUUUUUAUGACUUUCAUGUACCUGCUGAAUUUAGCAUUUGGCUUGAAUGAUCACAUCAUUCUGAAGCCAAAUUCUUUAUUCAAAUUAGACCUCAACCGUAUAUCACUUUAUCCCUUGGCUCACCUUUCAGUGAUACAUCUAUCGCUUAAUGCAUUUUCCUUAUUUGGGCCCCUUACAAUGUUUGAGAGAACUCAUGGAACAGUUCACACAGCGAUCAUGUUGAACUUGCUAGCAGUCACAACUGCAAUUCUAUAUUGCCUUAUCGGGUCUUUGUUAUUUCCAAACGUUGACGUUGCUGGUAGCAGUGGCUGGUGUUUUUCCCUCUUUGCCUAUUAUAGCGUCAAAGAAUCGGUGCUCCGCCCUACCCAAAGAAUCGUGUCCACGUAUUCAUUCCCAACUAUCUAUAUACCCGUUGUGCUUCUCCUUUUGAUUACAAUUAUCGUUCCUGGAUCGAGCUUUUGGGGUCAUUUUUUGGGAAUGAUAAUGGGUUACGUUCUUGCAUUCAAAGAAAGCAUUUUCUGCAAAUUAGCGCCUCCAAGCUCACUAGUGAUCAAAAUCGAGACAAAGCUCGAUCGCUUGAUCAAUUUGAUACCUUUGGGUGUGAAAUAUUACAGGGAGCAAGAAGCGGAUAGAAGCUUGGAGUACGCUUCGAUUUUUCACUCUGAGGAUGUCCUUCCGAUUCACAAUAAUGAGAAUUUUCAGGGUCAAGGCAGAGCUCUAGGAGCAUAA